AUGUAAACUGUAUCUGUAAAUAAAUCAUAAAAUCAGUGAGUGCUGUUAUAGUGAUUAUUUUUAAACAAAAUGUAUAAAAGUUAUUUUAAACGUUUGCAUCAGUGGUUGUACAUAAUACAAAAACAGAAAGAAGAAGAAGAAACAAUACAUUUGAAGUUUUGUCUGGAUGAUAGAGGACAAAUUUGUUAACCCUAUAUAAAACAAGGGUUAAAAAAUGGACAGUUGUGGUUCUGGAGUAGUGCAAGUAUUUGUGGGUGAGUGGAGCCCAGAAUAUGAAGCACUUUCAAUUAAAGCUACAAAACAAACUUCAUCAGCUGAAAUAGUGGAGUGUAUUAUAGAAAGACUCGGAUUAGUUGAUGCAUCUGUUUCUAAUGCUUAUGAAUUAGCAGAAGUAGUAGGAAACUCUGUUGGGCAAGAAUGUAAAGAAAGAAGACUUGGGCCAUCUGAGUGUCCAGUAGCACUUAUGUUAUUAUGGCCCAAAAAUGCAGCACAACAAGAAUAUUAUAGGUUUUACUUGAGGAAAAAACAACCAGAUUAUUUAUGGUCAGAUAGUAGGUUUCCCAUGGAUCCACAGCUUCUCAAGGACUAUUUUAAUAGAUUCCUAUAUCAACCACGAGAUAAAGAGUAUCCAGAUCUAUGUCAACUUCCAGAUCUUAAUGAACAAACUCUAUUAGACAACCUUCGGGCUAGGUUUUUAGCUGGAAACAUAUAUACAUAUGUGGGCAGUAUAUUAAUUGCAUUGAAUCCAUUUAAAUUUUAUCCUAUUUACAAUCCAAAAUAUGUAAAACUCUAUCAAAAUAGAAGAUUGGGGCCAGAUAUACCUCCGCAUAUAUUUGCCAUAGCUGAUGCAGCUUAUCAUUGUAUGCUUAAAGAAAAAAGAAAUCAGUGUAUUGUUAUUAGUGGUGAAAGUGGAUCUGGUAAAACAGAAUCAACAAAUUUUUUAUUACAUCAUUUGACAGCAUUAAGUCAAAAAGGUUCUCAUGGUAGUGGUGUUGAACAGACAAUACUCAGUGCUGGUCCAGUACUGGAAGCAUUUGGAAAUGCAAAAACUGCACAUAAUAAUAAUAGUAGUCGUUUUGGCAAGUUUAUCCAAGUGAAUUAUAAAGAAAAUGGAAUGGUGCAUGGUGCGGUUGUACAAAAGUAUCUUUUGGAAAAAUCAAGAAUAGUUUCUCAAGGCAGAAAUGAAAGAAAUUAUCAUGUAUUUUAUUAUCUUUUGGCUGGAGCAAGCGAACAAGAAAAGCAACUUCUGCAUUUAGAAAGUUGUGAUCGUUAUAAUUAUUUAAAUAAAAGUGGUUGUUAUGGAUUAGAAAAUGUUGAUGAACGACAUGAAUUCUCAAGACUGAAACAAUCUAUGGAAAUGGUGGGAUUUACUCCAGAAAAGCAGAGACGAUUGUUUGCAGUUCUAUCAGCUGUUCUUUUACUUGGUAAUGUGGAAUUUCAGCCUAAAAAAUCUUAUCAUCAUCACGACGAAGCUGUAGGAGUUAAAAAUCCUGAAGUGGUUGCAUUGAUAUCUGAAUUACUUAGAGUAAAACAAGAAACUCUUUUGGCUGCACUUACUGCCAAACGUGCAAGAGCUUCAGGAGAAACAUUAGUCAUUAACUAUAGACUUCCAGAAGCAAUUGCAGCAAGAGAUGCUAUGGCUAAAUGUCUGUAUGGAGCUUUAUUUGAUUGGAUUGUACUUCAGGUGAAUCAUGCUUUGCUUUCUAAAAAAGAUACCCUUAGAGAUCAUCAAGGUAAUAGCAUAGGUGUACUAGAUAUUUUUGGUUUUGAGGAUUUUAAAAUGUGCAAUAGCUUUGAGCAAUUAUGUAUAAAUUAUGCAAACGAACAAUUACAACACUAUUUCAAUCAGCAUGUUUUUCAAUAUGAACAACGAGAGUACAGAAAACAGGGGAUUAGAUGGACAGAUAUAGGAUACAGUGAUAAUUCAGGUUGUUUAAAUUUAAUAGAAGGAAAACCGAAUGGUCUUCUUUGUCUCUUAGACGAUCAAUGCAACUUUCCGGGUGCAACGAAUGAGACACUGCUACAAAAAUUUAAUUCAGUGCAUAAAGACAAUCUAUUUUAUGAAGCGCCACAACGACGCGAAGCAGCUUUUGUUGUACGGCAUUAUGCAGGAGCUGUUAAGUAUCAAGCUGCUAAUAUGAGAGAAAAAAAUCUGGAUUUAAUGCGACCUGAUGGUGUUGUUGGGGUAUUGAAAAAUUCUUCUCUUGCUUUUGUUCGAGAAUUAGUGGGUGCAGAUCCGGUUGCUGUAUUUAGGUGGGCGAUACUUCGAGCAUUUUUUCGUGCUCAUUUUGCUUUUCAAGAAGCAGGUCGAGCUCAUAGACAUGGUCGAGCUGAUGGUACAAAAACGUCUAUACAGAAUAGGUAUAGGACACCGAACGAGAAUUUGAUAAGUUCGCACAAACAUAAUCGUCCACCAAGCUAUCAGAAGCAGCGCAGUGUCUGUAUACCAUCAACUAUACCCACUACCACAUUAUCUUCUAUACAACUCGAAAACAACGAUAAUGUAAACAACAACCGAUUGUCGUGGCCACAAUUUCGAAACAUUAAUCAAACGCAACACUCAUCAAAUGUAACCACGAUGAAGGGUUAUUUAAUAAGAGGCAGGGAAGACCACCCUCAUAGUAAUAAUAAACUCAGGCGAGAUACUCAUAGUCCGCUAGAGAGGGUGCUUCCAAAAGACGAAGCAAAUGUCAUGGAACGCGCUAAUCAAAUAGUCAUGAAAAAUAAAUCAUUUCGACCAAGAGAACGUGGUAAGAAGGGUUUAAAAAAUCUACAAACUGUAAAAACACUUGCUGGAAGAACGCAAAGUUAUGGUACAGGACCUGGAAAAGCAAGAAAACAACCUAUGACAGUAUCAGCACAAUUUCAACAAAGUCUGCAUAGUCUUAUGGAUACUUUAAAUCAAGCAAAUCCUUUCUUCAUUAGAUGUAUUAAAAGCAAUGCUAAUAAAGUACCAAAUGAAUUUGACGAGGAAACGGUGCAACGACAAUUAAGAUAUACAGGAAUGUUAGAAACAGUCAGAAUAAGACAAGCUGGAUUUAAUGUUAGAUUAACUUAUGAAGAAUUUAUUCAAUUAUAUAGAAUGUUAUUACCUAAGGGUUUGUUAAGUUCUCAGUCUGAUGUUAGAGAUUUUUUAUUGACAUUAAAUUUAAAUAGAGAUAAUUAUCAACUUGGAACAACUAAAGUAUUCCUUCGGGAAUCAGAAAAAAUUAAAUUAGAUAUCGAAUUACAUCAACAAAUUAUUACAAGUAUUACAACUAUACAAAAAUGGUUUCGUGCUUGUUUGGAAAGAAGAAAAUUCCUUAGAUUGAAAAAUGCAGUUGUGCAAAUACAGUCAUUUUGGAGAAUGAUUAUGGCUCAAAGAUACGCGCAAUCUCUACGAGCUAGAGUCGAGGCUUCCAUUCAUAUUCAAUCUACUUGGAGAGCAUAUAAACAACAUAGCUGGUAUAAAAAACUGAAAUCGUGUGUAAUUACUUUUCAAGCCCAUGUUCGAGGUAACAGAGCAAGAAAAGCUUUUGCAGAAUUAAAGAAACGAAAAAAAUUGCCUAUUGAUGAAAUUAGAGAAUAUAAAGAUAUUCAAAAUCAAGGAGAACUUGUACAUGAUAACAACAAAGUGUAUUCUAAGCUCAGGAAUAGCGAAGAGUCACUCAUGGAUCAUGGAAUGUUAGAAUUUAAUACGGUUCGUAAGACGGAAUCUCAAAAUCGUUUUACAUCAGCAAGAAUGGAAAACGUGCUACGAGAUAAUCCAAUUGACACAAGUAUGUCAUAUUCGAAGCGUAAAGUUACACCAAAUACACCAAAUACAAGAAUAUUACACGAACCUAACACAAUCUUAAGAAAUACGGAUUCUUUUCCUUCGGAUGAAUUUAAUGAGCGUAAAAGCAGUUUAGAAAGUUUGACUAGUUUAAGGAGUUAUGAAUCUCAAAUGAGCGUUAAUAGUUCCGAGUCUCAAGACAAUUCUUACAGUAAACCGAUACCAAGCACUAGAACGAAACGUAGUGAUCAAUCUUCAAUAAUUGCAACAAACACAAAUUUAGUAAAUGCUUUAAGCCGAUUACCGUCUGUUAAUAAACGAGCAGACAGUUCGUCGACAGGAUAUAGCGAUGGAGAGACUGAUACAGAAAUUCCAAGUACUGUGCAAAGUGCCCCACCUAUCUUUAACACCACUCCAUCAUUUUCAAGUCCACGAGAAGUUUCAUAUCAUCAAUCUAACGUAAGCUUAACACAUAGUCCAAAUUCUGAUGUCUGGCGUCGAAGACCGGACUUUUCGUCCAUUAAUUAUAGCGAAUAUUUAAUGUCUGGCCCACAAAAAUCAACGUUAACGCGUUCUCCAAAUGUAUCCCAAUACAAAAGUUUAGCAGAUAACUUAUUCGAACAAACGCAAGAAAAGCCAAACGAAGCAGCAAAUUAUAAUGUGAAAUUGGAUAGCGAUCGUUUUGUUCACAUAGAAUCUUCGUCAACUCGAGAACAGCGUCGAUUAAGUGAUAAUAGUGUAUCGAGCGAGCGAAUAGAAAAUAUUCCAGCUUCACCAAUUAGACGCGAUCACGCUUAUGUUCAUAGUAAAGAAAUUAAAGAUUUUAGUUACUUAAGAAGACAAAAUUCGGAAGGAGAUACAUCUAUGAAAUUAGAUGCCGAUGAAAAUGUUUUAAAAAGUCCUUUGUUGAAAGGGACUUCCUCCAAGGAGAAAAAUUUGAGAUCGAAGGAAAAAUGCGAGCCUGAUGUGCCUGUCAGAAGCGCUAGACGGAAUCGACCUACUCGAGAAGUUCAAUGUCGAUCCAUGGGCGAGAGCGUAUCGGAAACGAAUAGCGGAGAAGCAAAAUUUCUGGGUACGAUUAAGGAGAGUGAUCUACAUAAAUCAACAAAUGUGCGAACUCGAAAAGAUAGCCCGCAUGAAACACCUUCGAGAUCGGUGGCGGAUUGGCCUAUCAACAAAAAUGAAGGAACAUCGAAAACGCAACAACCAGGUAAACGUUUAAGAUCCAAUGCUAUAACAACGUUAGAGUUGAGAAGAAGAAAUUCGGAUCCGGCAACUAAAAUAUCAGGACUUAGCGAAGAAAAACCUGGAACUGAUACCAGUCCCAAUGAUUUAAAACUUGCACCUGGGAUGGAUCUUUUAGAAUGGAAAGGCAAUCUUUUUACAUUAGCCGGCCAUUGUUUUAGGAAAGUAGCAAGAUUUGCCAAAGACGAUGUAUGCGUUUGCUGUCACGAAAAAAUGGAUGCGUUUGUUACGCAAGGGUACAAAUGUAUCGACUGUAAACAAUUGUAUCACGUGAAAUGUAUUCAGAAUGGCGGAGUACUUAAAAUGCCCUGUAUAUUAGCGAAUACUCCAAACAGACGGAAAAAUAGGAAACCACCAAGAACACCCUACGACGCUUCGAAACAAGUAGUGGCAUCGAAAUUCAGUUUAACCGGUACAUCGGUGUUCUCGGAUAGUACCGAUAAAAUUAUAUCCGAUGCAAAGGAAUUGGCACUUAUGCAGGAUUUCAUUACCAAAAAGAUAUACAUAAUGGAAGGCCAAGAAGAAGGCAGAAAACCCAGCGAGGUUGAUCGCGUAUUCAAACAGGCUUUACGUAAAUUUAAGGACGAUCUUGUGAUUACUUACAGCGUUGCUAUUCAGCAGGGCGUCGAGGGUAAUAUCAAAUACACUGAUCUAAUAGCGAACUUUUUACACGUAAUGGAAACGGUCUGCAAACAAGAGAAUACCAGUGAAGAUUUUCCCGUGACGAUGGGAGUUAACGCGUUUAGAGGAUUUAUGAACGAAUUUAUGACGCUAGUCAAAACGGAAGCACCGGAGAAACAGAGUAAAAGCAAGCGUAAGAAGGAAAAGAAACGGAAACACGAGGAACCAACGCGACAUGGUAAUCAUAUGUUCCAAUUAACUAUUAUAAAUAUACCUACAGCCUGUGAAGUGUGUACGUCAUUCUUUAUGUGGCCUAUUGAACGAGGACUCGUCUGUCAGAAUUGUAAGUUAACGUGCCACAAAAAAUGUUAUAUGAAAGCAUCGGCGGAAUGUGGAAAAGAAGCUUUACACGAAAUGAAUUCACACAAGGUAUUUGGCGUACCGUUAUAUAAAUUAGAUUGUGGUGACGGUAAGGUACCGAUAGUGGUAGAUCGGCUAAUCACUACUAUAGAGAUGCAUGGUCUUUACACGGAAGGUAUAUAUCGAAAAAGCGGCGUCAGUUCUAAAGUGAAAGAAUUGAAAUUGAAGAUGGACGAAGGUGAUCUCGAAGGGGUGGAUUUCGAGAAUUAUCAAGUACACGUGCUUGCAGCAGUAUUGAAAAGUUUCUUUCGCGAUAUGCCCGAACCUUUGCUCACUUUUGAGUAUUACGAUGAUUUUCUGCACGCUGCGAAUUUGACGGACCCGCGGGAUCGAAUUAGCACCCUAUUCGCCAUUUUGAAAAAGCUACCAAAGCCGAAUUUCGAUCUAAUGGAACGAUUGAUCGUACAUUUAGCCAGAGUGGCACUUCACGAGGUCGACAAUCGAAUGUCUCCGUCGGCUCUGGCAAUAGUCUUCGCACCGUGUAUACUGAGAACGAACAGAACGCUGCCUGCGCAAGAUUCGUUGCAAGAUGUUGGCAGGCAAACAUGUUGCGUCGAAACGAUCGUGCAAGAAAAAUUGAGGGUCGUACGGGCAACUUUGGCCGACAUAAAUACGCUCGAAUCCGCUUGUCACACAGCUACACAUCGUUUAUCCAGUUUACGAUCUUCCAAAAUCUUCAGUCCAGAAGAAUUGAACACGGCAACUCCAAUCGUAACCGCUAGAGGAGCUACCGCAGAUCGCGACAGAGAUCGAGGGGACGAAGAAGAGGCGCUUCUCGUCGAUCAUAUACAAGAAAUCCAAAAGGAAAAGGCCCUACUAACUUCAACUCUUCCCAGCCUAACGAGAGCUUCUUCGGAUGACGACCUACUUCUAUCUGCUACGGAGUUGGAUGAUGGAUCUCUUGAUGAUCUUCUUCCAUCUUCCGCCGGUAAAUUUUUAUGCUUAAGCGUUCAAGAUGGACUCGUAAGAAAGAAACCUAUCCAGAGGCAAAGUUCUACGGACAAUGCAUUUCCGACGAUCAUCAGUGUCGAUGAAGACAUGGUAAUGGUAUGACCAUCCACGGUAAACGUUACCACAAGGAAUGAUAAUCGUUAAAUGUAGCAACAUGACACGCGCUGUGAAGCGUUGACUGAUGGCAGCGAAUCGACGAGUCUUACUUCUGGUCUCAUCGGCAAGCCGCUAGUAAUUUAAAUAAGUAGAAACACGAUAUUAGGUAGGUCUAGUAAUUUGUUCCACGCGAAAUUAAGCUGAUAAUUCGAUCAAACGUAUAUAUAUGAACACACACGCAUAUAUAUAUAUAUAUUAUUUUUCACUCUGUCGCAAAGCUUUCAGAGAUUUCUAAAAAAAAAAAAAAAAAAAAAACGAUUACAACAAAAUUACGCGAAAAUACAACUUCACGAGAAGUGUAUUUAAUAUUCAUUUUAUAAGCUAUUUUUCUUCUGGAACGCAUUCCUCUUAUCGAAGACUGUCAAUCAGAUUAGAUGUUUAGAAAACUCCAUUUAAAAAAAAAAAAAAAAAAGUUAUAUUUUACAGAUAUUCUAUGAUAGAAUAUCUUCUCUUGUUUCGAUAUAUCUCGUAUUUCAUUUUUUUUCUAUGAUUGACACGGAGGAUCAUAGUUAUCUUAUUAUAAUGGGAAAGAAAACUGAAUAAUGUUUAUCAGUUAUUGUUACGAAUGUUUAGUCGCAUUUAAAUUCUCGUUCUAUCCAGGUUUUAUCGGUUCGUUUGAAAACGAUCCAUUCUUGUUCUCUAUUCUUUUUACAGAUUUUAUGGACUGUUGCGUUGUUGUGUGAACCAAUAGUAACUUCUUUUUUUCCUAACAGAGGCGCAAGUUUAUGCUGGUUUUUUUUUCCUUUUUUUUUUUUUUUUUUUUUGAUUGACAAUCGCCAAGUUCAGAAGCGAAGAUUCUCAUUCGUUUCUUCUUUUAUUAGCAGAAUUGAUGAAUGAAACGGCGUUGAAAAGUGAAAAGAGCAGUGUACUUGAUCGAAGACUUGAGAAAAGGAGGAUUAGUAAGGCACUUCGUCAGGUUUCGUUUUUACCAAGCAUAUUUCGUUCACUUUUUUUUUUCUUUUUUUUUUUCUUUUUUUUUUUUUUUUUUAUAGAUAGAAUACUCGCGCGCGCGAUACAAUAGCGUUAUCGAAUCACUCGGAAAGAAGUGAAAAACCAAAUUAUAACUUGUACAUAUUAUUAGGUUAUUUCGAGAAGUUCUUGCCGAUUUUUAUAUCCGUUGCUUGGAUCGAUACUUUGACCGUGGAUGAUGGAUGAUUUGAAUCCUGUUAAAAAGCGUGAUCAUCGAAUCCUUUUUAUAAUUUCUUUUUAUUUUUAGCAUUUUAAAACGUGUUAAUGUAAAUCCGUUUUAAUUAUUUAUCAAAAUAUUCAUUGAUAUUACUUUGCAUUGUAUAUGAGUGUCAUUAAAUUUUUUUACUUAUUAAAGAAUGUUAUUUUUA